AUGGAGAACAUCAGUUCGAAGAAUAGAGGUGCUAGCGCUUCAGCCGAGCAGAAAAAACUUUUAUUAGAUUACAUGAAGAAGCACCCUGACCUAUUAUCAGCAAAGUUUUCGAAAAAAUUCACGAUGAAAGAUGCUCGAAAACUUUGGGUAGAAAUUUCCAAUAUAUUGAACACUUGUGAUGGGGCCAAUAAAGAUUGGAAAUCUUGGAGAAAGACUUGGCAUGAUAUUCGGUCACGAACAAAAACUAAAUGUGCCCGGAAGAGGUCUUAUGGUAGAGGGACUAGUAGGGGAACCCUCUUAGCUGGACCAAGUGGGGAUUUCGAGAGAGAAGUACUUGAAGUGAUUACCAAUGUUCCAGUAGAAGGCGACACAAGCAUUUGUGAACCAAAUUCAUAUGAUCAAUUCGAAGAUAAUAAAGAUCCACAGACAUCAACUGCUCAAUCAGAGGUUGUAGAAAGAAUCGCAGAGAAUGUUCCAAUUUCUGUGCAGCAGAAUAUCAGUGAAACUGCCAUACAUCCACCAUUGGCUACAUUUAGCAAUAUCAAAAGCAGAACCAAAGCACAAACUCAAUUUAUCCACGCCUCAGAAGCUUCUGAGCGUUGUGAAACAUCUCUGGAAGAAGAAAAUAGGUUGAAGGAGGAUUACUAUAAGAAAAAAAUUGCAAUUCUUGAAAGAAUUGCUGUUGCGAAAGAAAAAUCAGCUGCAGCUAAGGAAAGGAUAGCAUGUGCCCUAGAGGAGAUAUCUCGAAGAAUGUAA